UGGCGUGAAAGAGGGGGAGGAGAUUACUUUUACAUCGAAAAAGGAGGAGGAAGAAGAGGAGGAACCUGGAUAUCUGGGCCCGGUUUCCCAAACGCAUCUUAAGGCAUCCAAUGGUUCUAACGAUGAAUUUAGCCAUAAGAUGGUUUUGAGAAACCGUUCCCUGAUUAACACUAGAGAGAGAUGUGACUGUCGUGGAUCCUCUGGGGAGCCUCAACAACCUCAUGAUGCUAAAAAGGCAAAGAAGAGUCUCUCCAGAUCAGAACACCUGCAGAGAUCCACAGGGAAGAGACCUCACUGCUGCUCUGACUGUGGGAAGAGAUUCACCUCCUCAGCAGGCAUUACAAUUCAUCAGAAAACACACACAGGAGAGAAACCUUAUAGCUGUGUUCAAUGUGGGAAGAGAUUUGCUGCAUCUCGCACUCUGACUAAACACCAGCGACUACACACAGGAGAGAAACCUUAUAGCUGUGGGCAAUGUGGGAAGAGUUUUGGUAAAUCUAGAGAUCUGACAGUGCACCAGAGAAUACACACAGGAGAGAAACCUUAUAGCUGUGUUCAAUGUGGGAAGAGAUUUGCUACAUCUGGCAAUCUGACUCAACACCAGCGAAUACACACAGGAGAGAAACCUUAUAGUUGUGUUCAAUGUGGGAAGAGAUUUGCUGCAUCUGGCACUCUGACUAAACACCAGCGACUACACACAGGAGAGAAACCUUAUAGCUGUGGGCAAUGUGGGAAGAGUUUUGGUGUAUCUAGCGAUCUGACUAAACACCAGCGACUACACACAGGAGAGAAACCUUAUAAUUGUGUUCAAUGUGGGAAGAGAUUUGCUGCAUCUGGCACUCUGACUCAACACCAGCGAAUACACACAGGAGAGAAACCUUAUAUUUGUGGUCAAUGUGGGAGGAGUUUUGCUGCAUCUAGCCAUCUGACUCUACACCAGAGAACACACACAGGAGAGAAACCUUAUAGCUGUGGUCAAUGUGGGAAGAGUUUUAGUAAAUCUGGAGAUCUGACAGUACACCAGAGAAAACACACAGGAGAGAAACCUUAUAGCUGUGAUCAAUGUGGGAUGAGUUUUACUGCAUCAAGCAAUUUGAUAAGUCACCAGAAAACACACACAGGAGAGAAACCUUAUAGCUGUGUUCAAUGUGGGAAGAGAUUUGCUGCAUCUGGCACUCUGACUAAACACCAGCGACUACACACAGGAGAGAAACCUUAUAGCUGUGGGCAAUGUGGGAAGAGUUUUGGUGUAUCUAGCAAUCUGACAGUGCACCAGAGAAAUCACACAGGAGAGAAACCUUACAGAUGUGAUCAAUGUGGGAUGAGUUUUACUGCAUCUUGCUAUCUGACACGACACCAGAGAACACACACAGGAGAGAAACCUUAUAGCUGUGGUCAAUGUGGGAGGAGUUUUGGUCAAUCUGGAGAUCUGAGAGUGCACCAGAGAACACACACAGGAGAGAAACCUUAUAGCUGUGGUCAAUGUGGGAAGAGUUUUGCUGCAUCUUGCUAUCUGACCCGACACCAGAGAACACACACAGGAGAGAAACCUUAUAGCUGUGAUCAAUGUGGGAUGAGUUUUACUGCAUCAAGCAAUCUGAUAAGUCACCAGAAAACACACACAGGAGAGAAACCUUAUAGCUGUGUUCAAUGUGGGAAGAGAUUUGCUGCAUCUCGCACUCUGACUAAACACCAGCGACUACACACAGGAGAGAAUCCUUAUAGCUGUGUUCAAUAUGGGAAGAGAUUUGCUGCAUCUGGCACUCUGACUAAACACCAGCGACUACACACAGGAGAGAAAUCUUAUAGCUGUGGGCAAUGUGGCAGAUAG